AUGGAGCGUCACUAUCUCGAGGAAGAACCCAAUAGCGCCCCGCAGCUUGUGGCCCAUCCACAGCAGCCUUCACCUUUUUUGCCAGGGCACAACGAGAAAUACUUUGUUAAUAAAGAGGGUCAGACGCAAUGGACAACAGAAACAGGCCCACAGUUUGUAGCUGCUGAUACAGCCGAGCCAAAAAAGAAAAAGCGAUGGAGGUGGAUUGUCGUUGCUGUGGGGGUGUUUGCGCUCAUUGUGGUCGCAGCUGUUGUAGGGGGGGUUUUAGGUAGCCGCACUGCCCAUAAGAAUGAUAAUGCACAAAGCGACUCGGCUUUAUCGUCAUCGCCAACACCUUCAGCAUCAUCACUAAGUGGCACCGAUACUACAACCCCCUCCUCCCCCCCCACCACGAUCUCCAACAACCCGACUUCUACUACGACGGACAGUGAUAAUCAGUCAGCAAAUGACGGUUCCACUCGCUUAGCCACAUUUGAAAUGUACGAAACCGACAACUGCGGCGGCACGGACGAUUCUUUUGCCAUUACGAGCACGGGGUCCCAACGAUGCGUCCUUGUUCCCUCCAAUAAGAGGUCCGUUCGAGUGCUUGACAACAGCUGUAUCGUCACGACAUGGAGCGGCGACGACUGCAAGGGGUUGAAUUUCAGAGUGCCCGAUAACAAUUGUCACAAUGUAUUGUAUGCCGCUGUGUCUGUAUAUUGCUAG